GAGCUCCAUCCCGUGCUCCUCUUCCUCCCUCACACUCCAGCUCUAUUUAUAGGCACCAUGGAUGGAGCUAGGGAUGGAGGCAGGUAGCAGCUCGUGCUCCGCAGAUGUUAAAGCACUCAUUGACCCCUCUGCACUAUGGCUAAAGAUCGAGCUUUCACCUCAGUCCCCGGGGCCACAUUCACUAACACCAAAUCUUCCUCUUUUCAACAUAAGUCUAAGUUAGUGGAGAAGGCAGAAAAAGCUGACAGGAAGUUGAGGAGGCGCCAGAGAUAUGUGGAAAAGGACGGUCGUUGUAAUGUCCAACAUGGCAAUGUGCGAGAAACCUAUCGCUAUCUGACUGACAUCUUCACCACUCUGGUGGACCUAAAGUGGAGAGUCAGCCUCUUGGUGUUCAUCCUUGCUUAUGCCAUUACCUGGCUCUUCUUUGGACUCAUUUGGUGGUUUAUUGCUUACUGUCGUGGGGACCUUGAUCACCUAGAGGACAGAACAUGGACUCCUUGCGUCAACAACCUCAACGGGUUUGUCUCUGCCUUUCUCUUCUCUAUUGAGACAGAAACAACCAUUGGCUAUGGACACAGGGUCAUCACAGACAAGUGCCCGGAAGGGAUUGUUCUUUUGCUCCUUCAGGCCAUUCUGGGCUCCAUGGUCAAUGCUUUCAUGGUGGGUUGUAUGUUUGUAAAGAUCUCCCAGCCCAACAAAAGGGCAGAGACGUUGGUGUUCUCCUCUCAUGCCGUCAUCUCUCAAAGGGAUGACAAGCUCUGCCUCAUGUUCCGAGUUGGAGACUUAAGGAAUUCCCACAUUGUGGAGGCUUCCAUCAGAGCCAAGCUCAUCAAAUCCAAACAGACACAGGAGGGGGAGUUUAUCCCACUCAACCAGACAGACAUCAAUGUGGGCUUUGAGACUGGAGAUGACCGCCUCUUCUUGGUCUCACCCCUCGUCAUCAGCCAUGAAAUCAAUGAGCACAGCCCCUUCUGGGAAGUGUCCAAACGCCAACUGGAGAAGGACGAGUUUGAGAUUGUGGUAAUCCUGGAAGGCAUGGUGGAGGCUACAGGGAUGACGUGCCAGGCGCGAAGUUCUUACCUGGUUGACGAGGUGCUAUGGGGGCAUCGCUUCAUGUCGGUACUGUCAUUGGAAGAUGGAUUCUAUGAGGUGGAUUAUAACACUUUCCAUCAGACAUUUGAGGUGCCCACCCCUUUGUGUAGUGCCAGAGAAAUGGCAGAGGCUGCCGCCAGGAUGGAUGCCCAUUUGUACUGGUCUAUUCCCAGCCAGCUGGACGAGAAGGUGGAGGAAGGAACAGAAAAGGAGAACUUAACCAAGGAGAUAAAUGGGACUCUGUCCAGUGCAGAGAGUGAGCAGAUUCUGCUGUAGUGAGUGACCCAAUAAUGAGGAGGUUCUGCUGUAGUGAGUGCUCUAAUAGUGAGGAGGUUCUGCUGGAAUGAAUGACCCAAUAGUGAAGAGGUUCUGCUGGAGUGAGUGCUUCAAUAGUGAGGAGGUUCUGCUGGAGUGAGUGCUCUAAUAGUGAGGAGGUUCUGCUGGAAUGAAUGACCCAAUAGUGAAGAGGUUCUGCUGGAGUGAGUGCUUCAAUAGUGAAGAGGUUCUGCUGGAGUGAGUGCUUCAAUAGUGAAGAGGUUCUGCUGGAGUGAAUGCUCCAAUAGUGAGGAGGUUCUGGUGGAGUGAGUGUUCCAAUAGUGAGAAGGUUCUGCUGGAGUGAGUGUUCCAAUAGUGAGGAGGUUCUGCUGGGGUGAGUGCCUAAAGAGUGAGGAGGUUCUGCUAGAGUGAGUGCCCCAAUAGUGAAGAGGUUCUGCUGGGAUGAGUGUUCCAAUAGUGAGGAGGUUCUGCUGGAGUGAGUGUUCCAAUAGUGAAGAGGUUCUGCUGGAGUGAAUGCUCCAAUAGUGAGGAGGUUCUGGUGGAGUGAGUGUUCCAAUAGUGAGAAGGUUCUGCUGGAGUGAGUGCUCCAAUAGUUAAAAGGUUAUGCUGGAGUGAGUGACCCUAUAGUGAGAAGGUACUGCUGGAGUGAGUGAUCCAAUAGUGAGAAGGUUCUGCUGGAGUGAGUGUUCCAAUAGUGAGGAGGUUCUGCUGGGGUGAGUGCCUAAAGAGUGAGGAGGUUCUGCUAGAGUGAGUGCCCCAAUAGUGAAGAGGUUCUGCUGGGAUGAGUGUUCCAAUAGUGAGGAGGUUCUGCUGGAGUGAGUGUUCCAAUAGUGAAGAGGUUCUGCUGGAGUGAAUGCUCCAAUAGUGAGGAGGUUCUGGUGGAGUGAGUGUUCCAAUAGUGAGAAGGUUCUGCUGGAGUGAGUGCUCCAAUAGUUAAAAGGUUAUGCUGGAGUGAGUGACCCUAUAGUGAGAAGGUACUGCUGGAGUGAGUGAUCCAAUAGUGAGAAGGUUCUGCUGGAGUGAGUGUUCCAAUAGUGAGGAGGUUCUGCUGGGGUGAGUGCCUAAAGAGUGAGGAGGUUCUGCUAGAGUGAGUGCCCCAAUAGUGAGGAGGUUCUGCUGGAGUGAGUGUUCCAAUAGUGAAGAGGUUCUGCUGGAGUGAAUGCUCCAAUAGUGAGGAGGUUCUGGUGGAGUGAGUGUUCCAAUAGUGAGAAGGUUCUGCUGGAGUGAGUGCUCAAAUAGUUAAAAGGUUAUGCUGGAGUGAGUGACCCUAUAGUGAGAAGGUACUGCUGGAGUGAGUGAUCCAAUAGUGAGAAGGUUCUGCUGGAGUGAGUGUUCCAAUAGUGAAGAGGUUCUGCUGGGAUGAGUGUUCCAAUAGUGAGGAGGUUCUGCUGGAGUGAGUGUUCCAAUAGUGAAGAGGUUCUGCUGGAGUGAAUGCUCCAAUAGUGAGGAGGUUCUGGUGGAGUGAGUGUUCCAAUAGUGAGAAGGUUCUGCUGGAGUGAGUGCUCCAAUAGUUAAAAGGUUAUGCUGGAGUGAGUGACCCUAUAGUGAGAAGGUACUGCUGGAGUGAGUGAUCCAAUAGUGAGAAGGUUCUGCUGGAGUGAGUGUUCCAAUAGUGAGGAGGUUCUGCUGGGGUGAGUGCCUAAAGAGUGAGGAGGUUCUGCUAGAGUGAGUGUCCCAAUAGUGAAGAGGUUCUGCUGGGAUGAGUGUUCCAAUAGUGAGGAGGUUCUGCUGGAGUGAGUGUUCCAAUAGUGAAGAGGUUCUGCUGGAGUGAAUGCUCCAAUAGUGAGGAGGUUCUGGUGGAGUGAGUGUUCCAAUAGUGAGAAGGUUCUGCUGGAGUGAGUGCUCCAAUAGUUAAAAGGUUAUGCUGGAGUGAGUGACCCUAUAGUGAGAAGGUACUGCUGGAGUGAGUGAUCCAAUAGUGAGAAGGUUCUGCUGGAGUGAGUGUUCCAAUAGUGAGGAGGUUCUGCUGGGGUGAGUGCCUAAAGAGUGAGGAGGUUCUGCUAGAGUGAGUGCCCCAAUAGUGAAGAGGUUCUGCUGGGAUGAGUGUUCCAAUAGUGAGGAGGUUCUGCUGGAGUGAGUGUUCCAAUAGUGAAGAGGUUCUGCUGGAGUGAAUGCUCCAAUAGUGAGGAGGUUCUGGUGGAGUGAGUGUUCCAAUAGUGAGAAGGUUCUGCUGGAGUGAGUGCUCCAAUAGUUAAAAGGUUAUGCUGGAGUGAGUGACCCUAUAGUGAGAAGGUACUGCUGGAGUAAGUGAUCCAAUAGUGAGAAGGUUCUGCUGGAGUGAGUGUUCCAAUAGUGAGGAGGUUCUGCUGGGGUGAGUGCCUAAAGAGUGAGGAGGUUCUGCUAGAGUGAGUGCCCCAAUAGUGAAGAGGUUCUGCUGGGAUGAGUGUUCCAAUAGUGAGGAGGUUCUGCUGGAGUGAGUGUUCCAAUAGUGAAGAGGUUCUGCUGGAGUGAAUGCUCCAAUAGUGAGGAGGUUUUGGUGGAGUGAGUGUUCCAAUAGUGAGAAGGUUCUGCUGGAGUGAGUGCUCCAAUAGUUAAAAGGUUAUGCUGGAGUGAGUGACCCUAUAGUGAGAAGGUACUGCUGGAGUGAGUGAUCCAAUAGUGAGAAGGUUCUGCUGGAGUGAGUGUUCCAAUAGUGAGGAGGUUCUGCUGGGGUGAGUGCCUAAAGAGUGAGGAGGUUCUGCUAGAGUGAGUGCCCCAAUAGUGAAGAGGUUCUGCUGGGAUGAGUGUUCCAAUAGUGAGGAGGUUCUGCUGGAGUGAGUGUUUCAAUAGUGAUGAGGUUCUGCUGGAGUGAGUGUUUCAAUAGUGAGGGGGUUCUGCUGGGGUGAGUGCCUCUAUAGUGAGGAGGUUCUGCUAGAGUGAGUGCCCCAAUAGUGAGGAGGUUCUGCUGGAGUGAGUUUUCCAAUAAUGAGGAGGUUCUGCUGGAGUGAGUGUCCCAAUAGUGAGGAGGUUCUGCUGGGGUGAGUGCCUCAAUAGUGAGGAGGAUCUGCCAGAGUGAGUGCCCCAAUAGUGAGGAGGUUCUGCUGGAGUGCCCCCCCCCAGUGGUUGUUGGAGUGAGUGCCCCCUCAGUAUUGCUGGAGUGAUGCCCCAUGAGUGAGCAGGUUUAGAUGGAAUUAGAAAGACCAAUAAAGACUCAUUUUGAAGGACUUUGUGUUGGGUCCCAGUGGCUCGUGGCUGAGACCAAGUGGAAAUGGUUAGCCAGCCUACGAGUGCCUCUUUAGAUAACCUGCCCUGGGAAGGAAAGGAAAAGAGGGUGCAGGAAAGAAUAAAGGAAUCCGUGCUCUAUACAGAUGUUCCUACAGUAACUGACAUACACAGAGGGAACCCCUAUAGAUUUCCUGGUGGCCCCAUAUGGAGAGAGCUGAGAGCUACACAAUAACCAAUGAGCAAUCCCGUUCCUUGAGGCCAGGACCCCGUGGAGGUGCAUUGGAAUGCAGGAGACUAGGAAGUGUCUCCCAUUUAUUUAUAGGCCACACAAUGUCACAUGACAUGAAGUGAGGUAUAUAUUGUAUACGCCCCACCGGCCAUUUUAUUGUGGGAGGGGAAAAGCAUCUGCUGGAAGUGAAGCAGUAGCGGGUGUAUAGUCACUACAAAGUCCAUCGUCUUUAAAGAAUAAAAAAACCUAUUUUUCUCUCC